UGUCACACUCCAAUCUGUUGAAUUCAAUUGUCGUGCGAAAAAAACAUGAAUGCGUCGUUGUUGUCGAAGUUGGGAUACAAAUUCAAUAUUUAUAUCUGAGUUGAAUAAACAAACAAUCGUCAACAUGUAGUCCGUUGAGUGAAACAAUCUUCGAAUGAAGUAUUCUCACUUCAGGGCCUUUUUGUAUUCGAUUUUUACUGUGAAAAAUUGCGCACCAAGUAUCGCGGUUUCAUUUCUAACCUCAAUCACUUGAUGAUCUUUAUACCGUGUUUGUAUUAAUUAAUUUUUUAUUCAAAUGAGAGAUUCAUAUUUAUAGAAUUUUUUUUGUAAUAAUUAUUGUUCAUUUGAGGGAACGAGGCAAUUUUUUUUGGAGCAGAAUGUCCGUCGUUGAAUCAUCUAAGGACAGACAGAAUAAUGAAUUCGAAGUACUCAAGAUUGUAAUUUUUUAAUUACACAUGAAUCAUCUUCAAAUGAACAUGACCAGUCUCAUUACCCGUGGCAAGAUAUCCAGGCGAUUAUUCCUCCUACACUUGCAGCUGAAUGAUCUAACAAAAGUCAAUCUAUGGGGAUCAGCUUCGGGACCUCCGCCGUCCAAAAGCCCCCCGAAAAUGGCAUCCUCUGGACAUAUCGAUGACCCUGACCCCCCAGCGUGGUAUGUCCGGACCGAUGGAGGUACACGCACAGCUGGAUCUCCACAUAAUUUGCAAUGAAAAUUACCCGAAUCAAAUUCCCUCGAUAAAAUUAAAGAACAGUCGUGGUCUUUCCAACCAGCAAAUUGCGGUUCUCUCCUCGGAGUUGGAGGAACUCGCGAAACGCUUAAAAGGCGAGGUAAUGAUCCUUGACCUGGCCCAACACGUCGAGAAGUUCCUCCACGAGAACAACAAGCCGGGUUACAGUUCCUUCUACGAAGAAAUGCUGUCGCAUCACCAAGAGAAGACGAAGCAGAUUCAGACUGAAAUGGAGGAAAAACAGUUGAAGGAAGACAAGGAGCGUCAGCUCCUCCAGGACGAGAUCCUCAAGCGCCAGGAGGCCCUGAAGGCCGAGCUUCGGAACCGCAAGGAGAUGGCUCGUCAUAACCACGACUCCACGAUCAUUCUAUCGCAGUCGAUUCCCUCGUCUCCGGGUGAGCGUAUGCGCACCUAUUCUCGAAGAAGAUGCAUGAGCACGUCCGAAUCCUCGGACAACAACUCUCUCUGCGAGCAUCGGGGUACUAAACUCCUGCACUUUGACAACAAUCGAGGGGAGCGUCAGGUUCACCGAGGCAAGUGCCUGGGCCACAGUCUCAAGGGCUCCGUUGUCUAUGCCGGUGUGGACAUGGUCACCGGUGAACUUCUCGCCAUCACGGAGUGGUCUCUCAAGUGCGGAAGCACUGGCAAUCCAGAGACCAACGACACGAACAACGAAGCCACUGAUCUCCAGCACUCGAUGAAACAGAUUGCGAGUAUUGAGCAGGAGCUCAAUCAUCUUCAUCGUCUUCAGCACAUAAACCUAGUGAGAUACCUUAACAUGAAGUACCAACAGAGCAAGGACAAUAUUGUCAUUUACAUUCUGGAGGAAUUCGUCGUAGGGACCACCUGCACAUUCUUCCUUUCCGAGAACAUUCCAGUGGCUGUGGAUAUCCUCAGGCACAUAGCAAGCGGUGUCCUGUCAGCUCUGGAGUUCCUCCACAACAACAACAUCGUCCACAGGGACCUGCGUGACUCCAGUAUCCACAUCGACAGAUGUGGAAUGGUUAAGGUGUCUGAUUACUCCCUCAAUAGACGUUUGUCGGACAUAUAUCGUUCGAGUUGUCUCGCCAAAGCUGAGCACGACUUUCCGACGAUUCAGGGCCGUGGGGGCAAGAAACUGGACAUCUACAGGUUCGGGAUAAUUCUCCUGUCGUUAUUCAGGGGUACGAUAAUCUCGGAGAAAGAGCAGACCAACGAGUGGGCGAUGAAUCUUCCACCGGAGCUUCGAGACUUUCUGUCCAAAUGCUUGAAUAAUAACGAGAGGUCGAGAUGGUCUGCUGAGCAACUUCAACAGCACAGUUUCAUCCGAAUACCCAUUGAGCGAGGCCUCUCACCCCCGAAACUCCCUCGGGAGCACGAGCAGGAUAGCGAGGAACCCGAGGAACCUAUGCAAGAUGUCAAUCUCUACCUGCCAGCAACUCUCAACAACUCGAGAAUUCAGAAUGAGUUCGAAGUGCUUAAAUGGCUGGGCAAGGGUGCCUUUGGCGAUGUCAUCAAGGUGAGGAAUAAGUUGGACGGUGGGAUCUACGCGAUCAAGAGAAUUCCGCUGAAUGCUAAGAACAAACAGCUGAAUAAGAAGAUAACGAGAGAAGUAAAGCUACUGUCGAGGCUCAAUCAUGAGAACGUCGUAAGGUAUUACAACUCUUGGAUUGAAGCCGCCACUUUGGAUGAUCACAGUAACUCCAUGUCGUCGACGAGAGAUACCACGAGGGAGACGACACCCAAUACCCCUCCAGAAAUCGAUCUCGGUAUGCUCAACAUAAACGAUGACAAUCACCUGAACAACAUCAAUCAAUUCGAUCCUGACAACAUAGAGGCACUGGUACCGCCAAUUAAGGACGUCGAGUGGAGUCGUUCGUAUGGAUCUAGGGCAUCAGCAGCAAAGUCCAACGAGUCUGAGGAUUCAGAUAGUGAGAGUGAGAGCGAUGAUGAGGAGGGCUGGGGAUUCUUCAUGGGGACUUCACUGUCCACCGAUUCAUCCGACAGCAUUGAGUUCGAGAGAGACGAUACCUCACGGAUAUCAGCGGCCGAGGUUAAUUCCUUGGUUCAGGACGAUGCGAAGAUUGAGACUAAGGCGGGGGGUAACGACGUGACGGAGACUGAUUCCCUUCGGGAAAUUCAAUUCAUGUACAUUCAGAUGGAGUUCUGUGAGAAGAGUACAUUGAGAACGGCCAUUGAUAACAGCCUCUUCGAGGACGAGGAGAGGGUUUGGCGAUUGUUUCGCGAGAUCGUGGAGGGAAUCGUCCAUAUUCAUCAACAGGGAAUGAUCCACAGGGAUCUCAAGCCAGUCAACAUCUUCUUGGAUAGCAAUGAUCACGUGAAGAUUGGGGACUUCGGUCUCGCCACCAUCGACACCAGAACCCCCAGUGAACGGAAGUUCCCGGCGGUAGAGAAGCCCACGAGUUUCGAGGCAGACGAGCCCAGCUCGAUGACUGGAGAAGUCGGUACUGAGCUUUACACAGCACCUGAACUCAAUGCUAAAACUGCCAAAGCCAUUUACAAUCAGAAAGUCGAUAUGUACAGUCUUGGUAUCAUUCUCUUCGAAAUGUGCUGCGUGCCUCUGUCCACUGGUAUGGAAAGGGUGAAGGUACUGUCGGACGUGAGGUCGAAGGACAUAGUUCUUCCUCAAAAUUUCGUGGAUAACGUUAAGGGAAAUGUCGUCAAUCUUCUCCGCUGGCUGUUGAAUCAUGAUCCUAGUCAGCGUCCCACAUCUCAGGAGUUACUCUCCUCGGAGUAUUUGCCACCUCCGCAGCUAGAGGAGGCCGAGCUCCAGGAGAUGGUGAGGCACACAUUGUCCAACAAUCAGAGCAAAGAGUACAAGUAUUUGAUUGGUUGUUGCUUCGCUCAGGAGUUCACACCAGCCGAGGACAUCACUUACGAUACCAAUCUUCAACCUCCCAAGAACAACUGUUCUCUUACGAAAACUGACCUGAUCAGGGAAUACGUCAAGGCCAAGGUCAUCGAGGUGUUUCGCAAGCACGGAGGGAUGAACCUCGUCACGCCCCUGCUGAUGCCCAAAUCCACCAAGUUUCCGUACAAUCAGAUGGAAUCGUCCGUCAAACUCAUGACGAAAUCGGGAAAUAUCGUUUCCAUUCCUUCUGAUCUUCGUGCACCUUUUGCGAGGUAUGCCGCUUGGAAUAAUAUCCUUCAUAUGAGGAGGUACGCGGUCGAGAGGGUUUACCACGAGAAGAAGGUCCACGGGUUUCAUCCGAGGGAGUUUUACGAGUGUGCUUUCGAUAUUAUCAGCAACAGUGUUGAUCUCAUGGCUGAGGCUGAGCUAAUCUACAUCGUCUGGGACAUCUUCAAUCAGCUGCCGGAGCUGAGAGAUAGGAACUUCGUGGUGAGGAUCAAUCACACUUCACUGUUGCAGGCGGUCCUCAUGUACUGUGGAAUUGAACCGGAGAAGUACAUGGAUAUCUAUUCGAUUCUUUAUGACGCGAGGGACGGCAAGUUCACGAAAUUCCAGGUCCAGACACAUCUCAUCAGCUUGUGCUUGACUGAUCAGGCCAUGUCGACACUGUCGAAUCUGUUUGAUAUUGAGAGCCCAGUGACGAAAAUCACCAGUGUCUUGAGGACCAUCACCAAGAGGAAGGGAACUGAUGCUGCUAUUCUCGCGAAGGAGGGCUUGAGGGAGAUUGAGGCAGUUGUUUCCAAUGUCGAGGCACUGGGGGUCAAGUGGCAGAUCAUUGUCGCGCCACUGUUGGUGCAUAAAACUCAGCAGCAACACAGUGGAAUUGUUUAUCAGAUUACCUGUGAGAUGAUGAGAAAAAGGCGGAGGGGGGGACACGAUGUUAUCGCUGCGGGAGGACGAUACGAUAAAAUGCUAGCCUCAUUCAGACACCUGCUCGAACGAACUGGACUCGCAAAUAAAGACUUCAAACAGCACGGAGUUGGAAUAAGCAUCUCCCUCGAGAAACUCAUCCACGCUGUCGGGGAAAUGUAUUCCUUGGAAACUUCAGGAUCUGAGUUGAUAUUAAGUAAGUUUGUAACAAACGUGUCUGUUGCUGUAUGUUGUACUGAUGGACCUAAGAGAGACCAGGAGAUGGCUGCUACCCUCAGGGAGCUAUGGAGUCUAGGUCUAGGCGCCAUUGCCCUUGAUUUCGGGACAAUUGAUGAGGUAAAUGACUACUGCAGGGAAAAUUGCAUAACUCACGCUGUAAUCCUCAAAUUCGGUGAGAAGGGCAACCUGAGAAUCCAGACCUGGGAGAGGGACAGAUAUCAGGAAAGGAAAAUCACUGUCAACGAAGUGGGGGAAUUCUUUCAAAGGCAGAGGACUGAUAAUCCACUUCCAGUUUUGACUAGAUCCGAGAGUAAGACUAAUUCCAACGAUAACACUCCACUUAAUGUCACUGUUAAUUUUAUAUUGUCCGAGAAGGAUAAGCUCUCGGGGAGUGGCAGGAGGAGUUACAAGAAUGCAAUGAUAGCCCAGAUGACCUCACAUUUGCAGAGGAUAGCGUCUAAGGUGGAGGUGCAGGUAUUUGGGGUUUUUCUCGAGAUGAUGGUCAUUAGGACUAUUGUCAGCCAUUUGGAGAUUGACGAGAGCGAACAAGACUUUGAAAGGAGUGUACAAUCAGUCAUCGAAAAGCAUUUACGUUACAAAAAGUACAUUCAGCAAAUAUGUAAUGAAAUGUGGGAGACUAGAAACGAGAAACAACGACCUACUCUAGUUCUCUACAGCCUUCUGGAUAAUCGAUACUUAUUUUUAAUUUAGCAUUUCUUUUGUUUUUUGGCAAAUGUCGAAUAGAUCUUUAUUACGAAUUAAAUAUCUAUGUUUCAUAAA